GAAUCUGAAGCAGGCUCCAGGCUCUGAGCUGUCAGCACAGAGCCCAACUCAGGGCUCUACCCCAUGAACAGUGAGAUCAUAACCUGAGCCGAAGUCAGAUGCUCAAUUGACUGAGCCACCCAGGCACCCUGCAGUGAGUUUCUGAGGUAAAAACAAAACCUCUUCCUGUGAGCCAAGCAUGGAGGUAUCACGCCACUUCUAUUAUGGAAUAUCCAUGUGUGGCCCCGAAACUGGCCUAAGUGUGACUUGCGAGUUAAUGAUUACCCUAGCAGGUGUCUUAAACUGCUUGGUUUCACUGGGCUUGUGCAAACAGUUCACCUACAGAGGAAUCUUCAGAAAGCGGCAUGUUCCCUUUGCUCUCUGGAGCUGGACUGGUGGUUCUGAACCUAGUGACCUCUGCUAGGAGCCUGAAGACAGAACCCUUUAGUGGUUCUGGGGACCAGCCACACUUCCAUGGAGCAGAUCGAUCUGACUUUGCCAUCAUGAUCCCUCCAGGAGGCACAGAGUGCUUCUGGCAAUUUGCCUACCAGACUGGAUACUUCUAUUUCAGUUAUGAGGUGCAGCGGACACUGGGAAUGUCACAUGACCGGCAUGUUGCUGCCACAGCACAUACCCCACAGGGUUUCCUCAUAGACUCCUCUCAGGAUGUUCGGGGCCAGAUUAACUUCUCUAUCAAAGAGACAGGUUUUUAUCAGCUUUGUCUAAAAAAUCAGCAAAAUCACUUUGGUUCUGUCCAAGUUUACCUCAAUUUUGGAGUUUUCUACGAGGGGCCUGAGAUGGACCACAAACAGAAGAAUGAAAGAAAACAACUGAAUGAUACCCUGGAUGCAAUUGAGGAGAGUACACGGAAGAUGCAGAACAACAUCUUUCACAUGUGGCGGUAUUACAACUUUGCCCGCAUGAGGAAAAUGGCUGACUUUUUCCUUCUCCAAUCAAACUAUAACUACGUGAACUGGUGGUCGACAGCUCAGAGCUUUGUUAUUGUUCUUUCUGGAAUCCUGCAGCUGUAUUUCUUGAAGCGUCUCUUUAAUGUCCCAAAGGUUACAGACACAAAAAAGCCAAGAUGCUAAGCCAAAAUGACUACAGCACCCUAGUCCUUUUCUUCUGAGUCACGAGCUUUGUAAAAUUAUUGGAAAAAAAAUCAACUUGUUAGAACAUAUUAGUCUAUUGCUCUCCUUUCCUAUUGCCUCAAAAUGGCAAUAAAUAAUAAAAAUGUAUAAGUAUUGAUAUUGGCUAUUACAAAAGUGUGCGCUAAGUGAUGCUACCAUCAAAAUACCGUUCAUCAUACAGCAGUCCCUUAACUCUAAGUUUAUCUAGAGGGUUGAGAACCAUGGGAGGGAGAAGAGUUGAAAAAAAUGGGACAAAAACAUACACAUCUCAGUUUUAUGCGUUGCAUACAAAAACAGGAAUUGGCAGACUGCUUUUUUGUAGUUGAAAAAUGUUUUAUUUUUAGAGAUGUCACCUUUGGAAUUUAAAAUAAGCAGGAAAAAAAGAAAAGCAGAUUUAAAACAGGCAGUUUAAAAAACUUAGUGGAAUUUUUUCAUUAAAAAAAAACAUUUUAAUAAUUCCAAAAAUAAUUUUAGGAAGCAUGGGAAGAGCUGAAUUAUAUCAAGGUCUCUGAUUAGUGCUGUCUAGUCCAGUUAAGUAAAGGCUCCCAUGGGAA